AUGUUAGAAGACGACUGUCGGUAUCUGAUGGUAAGUAAGAUACCUACGGUCGGUAUAUCUUUGAAAGCUCAGACGGAGAUAAACGGACUCCUCGAGGGCUACUUAAGGCACUUUAGUGCAAACCAACCAGAAGGACUGGAGCUGUUGGAUGUAGCUCAGUGCUGCUAUAAAUUAACAACCAAAAAGCUCUGCGUCGAACUUCAGCCCCUUCGAGUUGGCCACGGGGCAACAGCCUCUGACGCCCCACACCAUUGCGGCAGGAGGAGGCUUGCCCAUCAGCCUACUUUUUUGCCAAGACGUGGCAGGAGCGCAACGACCUAG